GGGGGUAGUGUUGGGUUGAUGGGUUUGAUCUCUCAGACUGUCUAUAAUGGUGGUUGCCAUGUCCUUGGAGUGAUUCCUACAGCCCUUCUGCCACUUGAGGUAUGAUACCCAUCUCUGGUUUUGAUUCAUCUCUCUUAAUUAUGUCCAUGAUAUUGUGUGUCAGUUCAAUUGUGACAAACUUUAUAUACUAAAUAAGGAGAUAUUUUUUGUUGUGAUUGCCCUUUUCCACUGACUGAUAUUCUCCCUUACUUUUGCUUAUCAUAGGUCAGUGUUUAUUACAGUAAAUGGCCUGAUUUGGAAAUAAUUGGGUAGAUUAAGUUGGAUUUGAGGGCAUUGAGGUUUAAAAUCUGCUUUAUAAUUAUCCUCAGUUACUGAUACAUUGAACUAGUUAUCCCAAACAGCAUUUCUCACCGUUUCUGGAUUUCAGAUUUGAUCUUACCCUUACCAAAAAACUAUGAAAAAGAAUAGAACUUCAUAAUAGUUGCUUCUUAGUUUCAAAUUAGAACUUGCUAAUGAGGAAUAUGAUUGCAAUUGACUUGUAUUUAUGAGAAGGGAUUAAGCUUGGGAACAUUGUCUUGGUAUGAUUGGGAUUCUGAAGUUAUAUUCCCCUUUGUCUUGGUGUGCUUUGAUAAUUGCUACCUCUUUAUUUUAGUCUGUCAUGAGUUAGUAGCUCUUUGUCCAAUUUUUAAAUUUUUGGCAUAAAGAAUCUCUGUCCUUUUCAUUGCUCCAAUAUCAAUCACAAACCCUCUAGAAAAACCACUAUAAGUAGAGAAUGGAGUAUCAUUAUUUUGCUAUGUAUAAGAUAAAUUUUUAUUGAUACUGAGCCAUGAUUUAAUUUGGUAUUCCUUGUUCUUCUUUCUCAACUCUACACUCAUCUGUAGCUUUGCAUUUCCUCCCAUGCACAUACAUGCACAUACCUUUGUUCAAUGCAUGUGCUUAUGCAUAUGUUUUUAUUCAUAUCAAUGUGUGUAUGUAGGCAUGCAUGCAUGCAUGUUCAUAUUGUCUAUAGUACAGACGGAUAUCUAUGUUUGCAGAUGUGUGUGUGUGUGUGUGCUUUCUUUGAGUGUGUAUGUGGGUGGGUGUGUGUGUGUGUGUGUGUGUGUGUGUGUGUGUGUGAGAGAGAGAGAGAGAGAGAGAGAGAGAGAGAGAGAGAAAGAGAGAGUAAAUCUUUAUAGAAAUGGAAGUUGGAAUGUACAGAUAUCUGGGCAAACUGUUGGUGAAGUAAAAACUGUUGCCGACAUGCAUGAACGUAAAGCAGAAAUGGCUCGACAGUCUGAUGCCUUUAUUGCUUUACCUGGAGGUUAUGGUACCAUGGAAGAGUUAUUGGAAAUGAUAACCUGGUCACAGCUUGGAAUUCAUAGUAAACCGGUGGGACUGUUAAAUGUCGACGGGUACUAUGACACUUUGCUUGCCUUAUUUGACAAGGGUGUUCAGGAAGGUUUCAUCCAGCCGGCAGCCCGCCAUAUAGUUGUCUCUGCCCCUACUGCGAAAGAAUUGAUCCAAAGAAUGGAGGAAUAUACACCAUUGCAUGAUCAGGUUGCUCCUCAAACAAGCUGGGAGGUUCGAGAAUUGGGUUAUUCUAGGCGCCCGGAUCCUUCAUGACAUCCAGUUAUAGUAGCGUGUAAAACUGAUUGAACGUGAUUCUUUUCUGGUUUACUAUAUAUUUGAUUUAUGUAAACCUGGGCUGGAAAAGGCCCAAAAUAUAUUAUUGUUCAUGGGGCAAAUAUAUGCAAUAAAUCCAAUCCUUGUCUUCCUUGAAAAUUAAA